CUCCGUCAUCGCCAACGCUUCGAAAUGCUGGCUGCGCUCGUUUGGAUAUUUACCUUUAUAGCGCUUGUAUUUCUUUCGGUUUUCUCUCUUUCUUAUUAUUAUUCUAAUGUGGUUCCUAGCUGGAUCGGCGUUGAUAGCACGCACCUGCUUGCGUUCCUUUGCGGGGUGCUGCUUCUACCAGUCGUAAGACGCGCCUUUGGAACGUUGAUGCGUGUUGGUGGGAGAGAUGGGAAAGCUGAGGGUGGCUCGGUGUAUGGCCUUGAGCAUGGGAGGCUGCACUUACGCAUUCCGCCGUCGAUGUGGAUGAAUAUGGGUUACUGGGCUAAUGAAUACAACCCCGAUGAAGAAGCCCUCGAUGAAGAUACUGGCCAGCCUAUAUCAAAAAGGCAGAAGACGAUGACACAAGCUUGUCGAGACCUGCUUGACCAAGUCCUCAAAACCGCGAGAUUCUCAAGAAAGCUCGACGCCAGUGAAUCCUUCAAAGGUAUUCGGAAGUCGAAGUGCUUGAUUGACCUGGGCUUUGGUUGCGGCGAACAGACUAUCUAUCUUACGAGCGCCAUUCCAAUCAGGAAUACGGACACAGAGUGGUGGGCUACGUCUGGUCCGCGGGAUUGUCCCCGCUUGGACGCAUAUGUCGGCAUUACGCUCGAUGAGAAACAAUAUCGGUUUGCUCAAGAACGAAUUCGGGACCCACUUAUCGAAUGGAAGAGGCGUAUGGCGUAUCGAGACCCAAACAAAGACGCAUGGGGGAAGCAUGUUGUCCCAAAGCUCUUUUGCGCCGACGCCGCAAACCCCGAGGCCUGGAGUGAAAACCUUAAAUGGAGCAUACAGAGCGCAGUCAAAAAUACCGAAGAACACUGGGUCCUAGCGCUGGAUACAGCGUACCAUUUCUCUCCGUCACGAUGGCCGAUGAUCCAUUACGCUUUCCAUACACUCAACGCUUCCUUCAUGGGUUUCGAUCUAUGUAUCUCCCCUACCAUCUCCUCCCACCAGAAAGUUCUCCUGAGAAUACUCACGCGCCUCAUGGGCGCACCAUGGGCCAACUUCAUCACGCCUGACGAAUAUCGCCAAAAGCUGGUAGAAGUCGGCUUUGACGAUUCGCAAAUCACGAUCAGAGACAUCUCUGAUGACGUCUUUGGGCCUUUGGCAAGGUAUCUGGAGGGACAGGAUCGCAGAUUACGUGUCAUUGGAUACGGUCUUGGUCCAUUCAAUGUUGCGAGGUUGAUGUUCAAGUGGUGGGGAGAGAGUGGUGCCGUAAGGGGCAUCAUAGUUGUUGCAAAAAAGCAACCGGAAAAGACGGAGUGAUCGCCCACUGCACUUCCUAUAUCCAAGGCACCACUCUCACAUUUUUUUCGGAGAACGUGGAAGAAGCAUAUUCAGAUCCUGCGCCACGAUUCGAAAUGCACCGGACAACGAAGACCCUGAUCGAACUAAGUACAUGCAGCAUCGGAAGAGAAAUGCCGCCAUCCUGCUAGUCGCAAGACGGGUACCUGACUAGAAUCAUAUCGAUUGCAGAUGUCAGGAGAGU